AUGGCGGUCUUGUCCCGCGUGGUGCUGGCGGUGGCCUUGCUCGCAUCCCCCGCCGCCGCCUAUGUCGCCCCGGUGCCCGGCGAGGCCGUCCUGCAGCGUUCCGUCGCCUCGGCGGCCCAGCAGCAGCCGACACUCCUCGUGAAGGAGCUCGUGGAGGAGCCCACGGCGAACAGCACCGCCUCUGGGGCGAUGCUCGGUGCGGCCGUGGCCAGCAUCGCGGGAACGGUAGUCGGCUGGCUCCGCUCCAGCAAGCAGAGGGCCGCCAGCACCGCUGCAGCGUCGGCGUUGGCGCUAGUGGCUUCGGCUUCGCCAGCGCUGGCAGAGGUUGACUAUGUCAACAUCGAGUACCUGGGCGGCAGCAACAAGGUGGACAUCAACAAUGCCAACAUCAUGGCGUACCGCCAGUUCCCUGGCAUGUUCCCGACCGCCUGCGGCUGGAUCGGCACGCACGGCCCGUGGGAGAAGGUGUCGGACAUGCUGAAUGAUCCCGAGCUCCCCGACAACCUGAAGCAGAUCAUCCAGAAGUACGAGAAGAACUACGUUGCCUUCCCAGCUAACCCGGCCUACUUCAUCGACCGCAUCAACAACGCCAUGUACCGGCCCCUGAUGGCGGUGCUCUCGCGCGUGGCGCUGGCGGUUGCCCUGCUCGCCUCCCCGGCCGCCGCCUACGUGGCCCCAGUGCCGAGCGAGACCGCUUUGCAGCGAUCCGUCGCCUCGGCGGUCCAGCAGCAGCCGACACUCCUCGUGGAGGAGCUCGUGGAGGAGCCCGCGGCGGAGCGCACCGCCUCUGGGGCGAUGCUCGGUGCGGCCGUGGCCAGCAUCGCGGGAGCGGUGGUCGGCUGGCUGCGCUCCAGCAAGCAGAGGGCCGCCAGCGCCGCUGCAGCGUCGGCCGUGGCGCUCGUGGCUUCGGCUUCGCCAGCGCUGGCAGAAGUCGACUAUAUCAACAUCGAGUACCUGGGCGGCAGCAACAAGGUGGACAUCAACAAUGCUAACAUCAUGGCCUACCGCCAGUUCCCUGGCAUGUUCCCCACCGCCAGCGGCUGGAUUGGCACGCACGGCCCGUGGGAGAAGGUGUCGGACAUGCUGAAUGACCCCGAGCUCCCCGACAACUUGAAGCAGAUCAUCCAGAAGUACGAGAAGAACUACGUUGCCUUCCCGGCCAACCCAGCCUACUUCAUCGACCGCAUCAACAACGCCAUGUACCG